AAGAAGACAACAAAAGUCUUAAAGCUUACUAUUUUACUAUCGCUAUCUAGACUAUACUCGCCCAAUAUUCUGUAAACCUAUCGAUCAUCUUGAAAAACAGAAAAAACCCUAAUCACCAUUUUUUUUUCCCUCUUCUUAUCUUCACAUUUCCUUAAUCAUCUUCUAAAUUAUGAUCUUGAUCUAAUGAUCUAUUAAUUAGAUCAUUAAUUCCCAUUUAAUUAAUUCAAUUAAUACAUUAAUUAAUCAAAAAUUUUAAUGGUGGAUCCAAGGGAAGGAAAAAGGCCAACUAUGGCAUUUAGCGGAGACGACGAAACAACAAGAGAAAUGAGUGGUUAUGAUGAGCAAUAUCAUCAAAAUAUCCAUUAUCAUAGUCAAGAUCAUGGUGUUUAUGGUGUGGAUGAUGGUAGCCUAGUAAACUUUCCGGUGUACUCGGCUAGAUCUCAAUAUGAUAUGUCUGCCAUGGUUCAAGCCCUUUCUCAAGUUAUAGGGAAUUCAAGCUCUAAUACAAGUGCACAAGUUGAUGAUGUUGUUAAUCCUACUCAUAUAUUUCAUGCAAAUCAAACUCAAACUAUAAGUUUUCAACCUCAGGCUUCUCAAGGUGAAGUGAGGAAAAGACACUAUAGAGGAGUAAGACAAAGGCCAUGGGGAAAAUGGGCAGCUGAGAUACGUGAUCCUAAGAAAGCAGCACGAGUUUGGCUUGGAACAUUUGACACUGCUGAAGCAGCUGCCCUUGCUUAUGAUGAAGCCGCCCUUAAAUUUAAAGGAAACAAGGCAAAAUUAAAUUUCCCAGAAAGAGUUCAAGGAAAGUUGAAUGAUUCAGGUUACUACUUGGCUUCUAAUCCACCACAACAAAAUAUUCAAGUAGCUAAUUACCCAUAUCCUCAUAAUCAAGCUCCUAAUUACAAUUUAAUGAUGAACCCUAAUUACCCUCAACAUGAACAAAAUCUAUCUAAUUGCUCUUCAUUUGGACAAUAUCCAAGCUUUGAUUAUAGUUCUUAUCAAGUAUCUCAAUCAUCUAGUUCUUAUGGUGAGGAUCAUAAUUUUGGUUCACCUUCUCUUUCAUCUAUUAAGAUGGAAAAUCUUACUCAUGAAGAGCAACAACAAAUGGAUUAUUCAAGUUCAUUGUUUUGGACUAGAGGAACUGAUCUACCCUAGUCAUCAUUAUAGUCAUUAGAUCCCGCUCAUAGAAAGUAUGAUCAAGAUAUGAAGAGGGUUGAAAGACAACAGACUAUAUCCUUAUCAAAAAUGUGAUAAGGAGGUUGAAGCUCACUCAUAAAACUAUAAAAUAUUUUAAUUAUUUAUUUUAUAUCUUUUUUUUGUUUCACUUCCUCUUGUAUCUUUGUUUACAAGUAAUCUUUUUAUCCAAAAUUAAUGAUAUGUUAUUUUAAAUAGUAAGGAAAAAGUUGUCACAUUCCUAAUAUAGUAAUGGUUUGUGAUCAUUUUUUAUUACUAGCUAGGUUUUUUAAGUCAAAAAAUGAAGAGAUAAUUAGUCCAUCUAUAUAUUGUAAAGC